AUGAAUCGCCGCUUCAUUUUAUUGCUACGGGAUGUCUUAUCGAAACGACGGUAUGGGUGUGAAGCCGCUGCUACCACUGCUAAACAGGAAAAUCGACGUAGAUUACCGAAUGAUGGACUCGGUCUUGAUCACUUCAUUCAGCGAAGCAGUAGGACACGAUUACCAAAAAUCUCUCCUACAAUAGAGGAGACAAGCUAUCUGGCUCCAGAAGACAUUUCUGGUCUUGGCCGUAAAGUAAAAUAUGUCACUUAUGGAUGCCAAAUGAACGUAAACGAUAUGGAAGUGGUACGAUCACUCCUGAAGACUAACGAUUAUGUAGAAACAGAUGACCUACUUGCUGCUGACGUUGUGGUUUUAAUUACAUGUUCGAUUCGUGAAGGUGCUGAAGAAAAGGUAUGGCGAGAAUUGAAGCGGAUCAGACAUGUAGCACGGCGAAGGCCAAUCGUUGGCGUGCUUGGUUGCAUGGCUGAACGCGUCCGUCACGGACUACUAUCGAAAAAAGGACUCGUCGAUGUUGUAGCAGGUCCCGAUGCUUAUCGAGAUCUUCCGCGCCUGCUAGCAGUUGUUCGAGCAGGAAGUAAUGCAAUCAAUGUUCAACUAUCCGUUGAAGAGACUUACGCGGAUGUGAAACCUGUUCGAGUAGAUCAAAACGCUAAGACUGCUUUUGUUUCAAUCAUGCGUGGAUGUGAUAAUAUGUGUACAUAUUGCGUUGUACCUUUAACUAGAGGUCGAGAGCGAAGUCGUCCUAUUGAUUCGAUCAUCGAAGAAGUGCGCCGACUGAGUGAUGAGGGUGUCAAACAAGUAACCUUGCUUGGACAAAACGUGAACAGUUACCGUGAUAUGUCAGAAUCUACACAUUUCAUGCAAGAACCAACUGCAACCACUGCUGUUCCAGGUUUUUCAACAGUAUACAAGCCAAAAACGGGUGGUCGUACUUUCGCAACACUCUUGGAAAAAAUUUCUGAUAUUGAUCCGGAAAUGCGUGUUCGAUUCACAUCUCCCCAUCCUAAGGAUUUUCCUAUUGAGCUAAUUCGGUUAAUAAAGGAGCGUCCAAAUAUAUGCAAUCAGUUGCAUUUGCCCGCUCAAAGUGGCGAUGAUGCUACACUCGAACGAAUGGGAAGAGGAUAUACACGAGAGUUGUACCUGAAGCUUGUGGAUGACAUCCGUCAAAUAAUCCCAGACGUAAGCCUCACGUCCGAUUUUAUUGCCGGUUUUUGCGGAGAAACAGAGGAAGCCCAUCAGAGGACUGUUGAGUUGAUACGUAACGUGAAGUACACGUUUUGUUACGUGUUCCCAUACAGUAUGAGAGAGAAGACUCGUGCUCAUUACCGUUUGGUAGAUGACGUGCCUGAAGAUAUAAAACGACGUCGACACGAAGAGUUAGCAGCUGUGUUCCGCGAGGGUUCACUUGCUAUUCACCAAUCACUGAUUGGAACAGAACAGCUUGUACUUGUCGAAGGCAAUUCUAAACGCUCACCGACAGCACUUCAAGGUCGAGCCGACAAUGGCACGAAAGUGAUAUUCGAAAACACCUGCGGUUAUGAACCUGGAGACUACGUAGUAGUGAGAAUAAGUGGUUGCACGUCUCAAACAAUGAAUGGAGAGUCUAUACGAAAAGCUACUCUCAAAGAGUUCUAUAACUAG